GAAGCUCUCCCAAUUUAUUCAUCAUAUACCUAGUAUCUGCCGACUACCCCCAAAUCCACAAAUAUCCUUCGAAUUACCUCGAACAUGGCAGAUAAUUCUCUCAAAACCCUCUUCAGCUCAGCAGAGCGCCAAAGGCUUGCUAUCGAAUCAUCGUGGGAAACAAAUACAGAAAAAUAUCAGGACGAUGUUGCAAGUGCGCUCACGGCAUACCAGGAAUGUCGGCAGCUUGCAGACAGACUUGCAUUAUUCAGUCCAAACGAAACUUUAGAAGACAUCAAUUCCAGCGAUAUACAAUACUUGGUCAUUCCUUACAGGAUCGCAGAUUUGGGCCAACGGCUUUCCACAAAUACUAGCGAUCGAAAAGUAAUUUUGCAAGAGGCCAAAAAAUGUUACGAAGCAUUUUUAACUCAACUAGGAUAUUAUGAGAUGCUAUCUACUGCAGAAAAGAAGUUGUAUGCUGAAUAUCAAGAAUCGCCAUCUACAUUCUCAACCAUUUCUACCACAGAUCCAACUGCAAGAAGGAAUGUAAAAAUCGCAAAUUUUAAGAUGGAGAAGGAACUCAAAAAGAAGCUGGAUUUUCUGGCAGCAAAUCCAGCCUAUCUACAAAACGACGAAGAUGCCAUUCGCGAGUUAGAAAUUGCCAAGCUAUCCUUGUGUUCGCACAAUGCCUUUCAAUCGCUCGAAUCCAUCAACCGCGAACUCGAGAUCUUGGCUAUGGCACCUGUGGGACCACAAGUUCCCCAAGGUCAGCAAUCAGACGACAGAGAACGAAUAGGAGGUUUACGCGGACCGGACGCAGGAUACUCGGAUCGCUUAGACAUGAGAGACAUAACUACAAACAACAAAGGGCCAAUCUUGAGUACUGGAGGGAAACCAUUACGGCCCUUUACUCUACUAGAAAGUAGACAAGCGUUACAAAAGGGUGUAUUCAGACCAGGGCACAAUCUACCAACCAUGACGAUAGAUGAAUAUCUGGAAGAAGAGAGAGCGAGAGGUGGUAUAAUUGAAGGUGGUGGGGAGGCAAGUGGUAUUAUACCUGACAUUGAUCCUGAUGAUUUUGAGAAAAUGGACGAGGAGACCGAAAAGGCUAGAAGGUGGGAUGAAUUCACGGAGGAUAAUCCAAAGGGCGCUGGAAAUACUUUAAAUAGAGGAUAGACUAAUGAUUAAUGAAUAAUGUGACACCAGUCAAGCCAGUCAUCGACAACUCUGUUUUCGUCUUUCUGCCAGGCGGAGAUAUUGGGAAAUCAUGCAUCUGCACUCGGUUUGCAAUCACAUCCAGUUUCAUGCUGGGUGAUCAUGCAGUUCUGACACAGGAUUUUGCCAAUUGAUUACCGGCAAUACCCUACUUGUUAUGAUAACUCCAUGGGUGGAGAUUUACCAGAGAACAAUUUCA